AUGGCCUCGUUCAAAGAAACCUCCGUCUCCCGCCCCGUCCCGCAAAUGGGCACGCCCGUCCGACAGCCUCAAGCCCAACGCUCGCACUCUCACUCCAUAUCCCUGGGUGCCAUAAACGCCAACCAUCGUGUCACUCGCCGGAAAAGCAUGAGCCGCAGGGGAACCGAAUCAACCUCGAUUGGUGCCACAUCGGGCUUCAGCUCCUACCUCUCCCGCGGAAUUCACGCCGCUAGUCCCGACAGCAUCGGACGCAAACCCUCCCCCAUUUCUAUUGAUGCGAACGUUGCUGUCGAAGGGUCUGGUCAAGAGGACAAGCAUGUCGCUACUAAGAACCGGAACCGACGAGCCAGCGAAGGCUCGCCCUUGGUGCGCGGAGAAGGCAAGCGUGUCUCUACAGAACUACGUUGUGACCAAUGUGGCAAGGGAUACAAGCACAGCAGUUGUUUGACCAAGCACAUGUGGGAACACAAUCCUGCGUGGGCUGUUACGUCGAAACUUUUGAUUUCCAAGCACCAGCAGGUGCAGCUACUUGAGGCAGCUACUGUGUUGGUUGCCAUGAACCAAGAAACCGCCGACGCUGCUGCGGAGGUUACAGCGGCAGCGGCAGCAGCGGCAUCUAUGGAAACAGAGUCCAACGAAAUCGAGUCGGACAACUCUUCCGCGUCCCCCGGCGCCUCUUCUGACAUGCACGACGGUAUCAGCUCCGUAGAAACGACACCACCGCCGAUGGAUGAGGACGAUAUCGAGCUGGAUGACAAGCCAUAUGGACAUGACAUUCGCAACAACUACAACUUCAACCACCCUUCGGCAUUCUCUCGAUCAUACCAGUCUGUUGCAUCCAGCUCGUAUGCUGACAACGGCUCUCUACACUCCCCCGCAUUCUCUCAUUUCCGCCAUUCCAGCAUCGACACUCGUCCGUCGACGGCAGAAACCACGGGAAUCCACGAGGAAGACAGCGAGGCAAGUGACCUCGCAGCGGCUAUCCGGCUGUGCAAUUUCGGUACUCCUCGCUCGAACGCCAUUGCCGGUUCGUCGGACGUUCCACCAGUACCUCCUCUACCAGCCCGAUAUCUAGGCCAGCAAAGCGGAAUCAGCAACGCUGGCAGCUUGGGCGUGCCCGGAUCUACUCCGGCGGUCUUCGGAUCGUUCUCUCUCGAUCCAUCGCAAUCCUACAAAGUUUCGGAUGAGCGAGAGGUGAAGAUGGGUGACGCAGAUCGCGAGUCGAGACAUCGCCGCAACAACGACGUCGACUUUGGCAGCCGCCAGAUGCACGACGACGAUGACGACGGAGUUUUUGGACGAAUGGAAGAGUAA